AUGGCCAUGGCAGCCACUGCCUGGCGCCAGCCCGACCAGGGCUCCAGCAGCUCAGAUGAGGAGGGCUCCAGCACCUGGGAGGAGUCUGAAGAAGCCGAGCCCUGGCUCUCAGACGUACUCCAGGAGAAGACAGCUGACCUGGUGGGGUUCCUGCUCCUCAAGUAUCUCACCAAGGAGCCGACCAGCCAGGCGGAGAUGCUGGCGAUCGUCGGCGAGGGUGAGCAGGACGCCUUCCCCGGGAUCCUGGGCCAGGCGUCCGAGUGCAUGCGGCUGGUGUUCGGCGUGGAGGUGAAGGAAGUGGACCCCAGCGAGCACUCCUACGUCCUGGUCACCGUCCUGGGCCUCACCUGCGAUGCGAUGCUGAGCGGUGAGCAGGGCCCGCCCAAGACCGGCCUCCUGGUGGUGCUCCUGGGGGCGAUCCUCCUGGAGGGCGACCGUGCCCCCGAGGAGGUGGUGUGGGAAGCGCUGGGGGUCAUGGGGGUGUAUGCCGGCGAGGAGCACAUCAUCUACGGGGAGCCCCGGGAGCUCCUGACCAACGUCUGGGUGCAGGAAGGGUACCUGGAGUACCGGCAGGUGCCCGGCAGUGACCCUGCCCGCUACGAGUUCCUGUGGGGUCCCAGGGCCCACGCGGAAACCAGCAGGUUGCAAGUGCUGGAGUAUUUGCUGCGGGUCUAUCCCGGGCUGCCGGUUUCCUCCCUGGCCCCCUCUGAAGAGGCUGUGAGCGAGGAGGAAGAGGGGGCCUGAGCCCCAGGGGCGGCUGUGGUGCGGUCC